AGAACUACCUAUUAUGACGCAUGAAAAAAGUGAAUUCGUUGUUAAAACCGGAAAAUCGUCUGCUUCCCGCUGUGGAAUCUAUGGUAUCAACCGAGAGCCAUAAGUUUGUGGAAAUUUGGUUGACCUGUUACAUUGUUAUAUUUCACCGUGAUAUUUCAGCCCAAGGAAUACAUCUACAUCAAAAUCAACAUAUUUUAAUUACACUUAUCAGUGAAGAUUAAAGUAUCCAUUUCGAAAAGUUUCAGGAUUUCGGCAAUGGGUUUGUUUUCAGAUCUUGUUUGUAUUGAAGUGAGAAGGGAAACAACAAAAUUCUGAAAGGAGUCACAAAUCUCUUAUGGAAUUAAUGCUAGCAGGGAAAGGCGAGAAACAUAUAAUGAACAGGUCCCAUGACGGAGGGGUGUUCUUCCUGCAUCUCUCAUUGCUUCCUAGAAAUAAUUGGAUGUGAAGAAAAUCAAGUUGGUGUUGUCAUGACCCCAGAUAUUUAUCAUGAAAAACAGAUCAAAGAGCUAUGUGCUCUUCAUUCCUUGAACAACCUAUUUCAAGAUGGAGGAGCAUUUGCAAAAAGUGAACUUGACAACAUAUGCUAUGCAUUAUCCCCAGACAAUUGGUUUAAUCCACACAAAUCUCUCCUUGGCACUGGGAACUAUGACAUUAAUGUUAUUAUGGCAGCCUUGGUCACAAAGGGUUGUGGCAUUGAGUGGUUUGAUAAGAGGAAUGCUUAUGUACUGGAACAAGAAUUAAAAAACUACCUCCGAGAAGAAUUGAGAAAUAAGGAUAAGGAACUCUUUGUGGUUGUAACAGAAGAAGUGGAGCAAGCACGGAGUUGGUGCAGUCCAAGCACUAAUGAUUCAAGUACAAAUAUGAUUGGUGCAAUAGAAUCUGGAGCAGUAGGAGACCCAAUUUGCUUAGGCAGCUGUGAAGGCAUGCAAGAUACAGAAGCAUUCAACCCACCAGGUUUUUCUUUUAUUGACCAGGACCCUCUUGUUGGGGACACUCCUGUAUCGGAAGGUACCAUGAGGGCAAAUAAUCAUGAAAAGUUAUAAUACUAAAUAUUAUUUUAAAUUGUCUGUGUUGAUGUUUUUCUUUUGUAAAUAUUUUGAACUUUUUAAGCAUUAUAAUUGUGAUAUUGUGUUUUCAUAUAAUUUUUUUAUUUCAUUUUUUCUGGUGAACACACAAAAUUAGACUGCCAUAUUAAUUAUGUCAUUAAUCUUCCUUGUCUAAACUUAUGGGGUUAUGCUGUUGGAUUGCUACCUCACUGCCAUAGAUAGGUAAAUAUUAUGUUGUAAAAGAUCUUUGACAUUCCAUUUUUUCUUCUUUGGGGUGUAGGUACAUCAAACUAAGUAUCCUUUUCACUUAAUGUAUUGAGGUGUAAAUAUCAAAGAAAAGUUGAUAUUUACAGCAAGUAGAGCUUAGAGCCUGCCACAAUACCUUUUAUUGGUAAAACACCAUUUACUGUUGUAUCAACAGAUUGAUAUUGUGAAGUCUGUGAUAAGUUUUGAAAGAUUUACAAGAAUUUAUUACCUACACUAAUCAUACAUUUAGAGCUUCAUAUAAAGAUACAGCAAUAGAAGUUUGAUAAUAAACAGCAACUAUUUUUGCUGAUUUUCUAACAUUUACUAGUUAAUAUUUAUUCCAGUAGUUAGAGGUACUGUAUUAUGCAUAAAUUUGAAUAUAUUUAUUAAGUUCAAAUAAAUUAUAUACUAUGUAUAAUAAUUUGAAUUUGAAUAUUUCUCCUUUAAACAAAACUGUUAUUUAUUGCGUUGUUUUGUUUGGCGAAAGGUUUACUAAAACAGAUAAGAUGGGAAUAUAUCCAGUACUUAACUUUUUCUUGAAACAUUGUUUUUUUUUUAUCAACAAAUGGCACCCUUUCUAUAUCUAUAGUUUAUUUAUAUGUAUAAUUGAUUUGUUGAUGGUAUUCAAUUGGUGCCUUCCUUAUAUGGAAAUAGAAUUUAAAAUCUAUCAGAUUGGUGCAUAGUGAAUAUUAGUUCUCAUUUAUACACACAAUUGAAAAUAGAGUGUUUGAGCCUCAGAUUUCAGCAAACUGAGACUGUGUUGGUUAUUUUUUUGUAAAAGUGUAAUUUUUUUCCUUUGUAAGAUAAAAAGAUGUGUAGCUUUAUAUUACUGCUGUAGAAAAGUAAUCUGAUUUUAAGUUGAAAUAUAAGGUCUCAAGCAAUAUUCAGUUCAGUAAUUUAAUUAAUAUGGGAGAUGUGCAUGUCAAAACAAAUCCGUUUGGUUAUACUACACUUCUUUUCUGUGUCUGCUUUUAAUAAAUUACUGUUUCUAUGUUAUAA